AUGCAUCGAAGGGCCAGUCGCUCGCUCAAGUCAUUGCUUGGGCAGGGAAAUCGUGGCUCAAGAAUUCACUCGAUCUCGCUUCGAUUUGCUGCCUCAGAUGUAGAUAGCAGCAGUCCAACUUAUGAGUUCCAAGCCGAGACCAAAAAGCUUCUCGACAUCGUGGCGAAGUCGCUUUACUCAGAAGUAGAGAUCUUCGUCCGGGAAUUGAUUUCCAACUCUUCCGAUGCUCUGAAUAAGCGAAAAUUCGAAGAAAUGGCUGCCGGCGGCGAUCCACCAGCGCUAGAAAUCAAGCUUCAUUUCGACAAAGCCAACAACAAGUUGAUCAUCGAGGACAAUGGGAUUGGCAUGUCGCAAGAAGAAGCGAUGACAAAUUUGGGAACAAUCGCAAAAUCGGGUAGUCAGGAUUUCAUGGCUGCCGUCAAAGAAGAAAACAGUGCCAGCGCCCAGUCAAUCAUCGGCCAGUUUGGUGUCGGCUUCUAUUCCGUAUUUAUGGUCGCUGACGGCGUCGACGUGUACACGCGGCGAUGGAACGAAGAUGUUGGCCUGCACUGGCGCUCUACUGGCGAUGCUGGCUACACAAUCGAGCCCAAAGAAGGCCUCAAUGUUGGCACUAGAAUCGAGCUCACGCUGAAGCCCGACUCGCGGGAAUACGCCGAUCCGAGCCAUGUGAAGAAAAUCGCUCAAAAGUACUCGUCGUUUACCUCUUUUCCGCUUUACUGCGACAACGAACACAUCAACGAAAUCGAGCCAAUUUGGAUGAUGGAAAAGAACCAGAUCAGCGACGAAAUGCACAACAAGUUCUACAAGUUCCUCACCCAGGGCCAGGGUGAUCCUCGCUUUACGCUUUACUACAAGACGGAAAUGCCGAUCUCUGUGCGCUCGAUCUUCUACGUUCCCAUGGAGCGACCAAACUUCGGCCGCUCGAAUCCAGAUGAGAACAAGUCCGAAAUCGCUCUCUACUGCCGCAAAGUGCUCAUUAGCAACAAGACGGACAUGAUCUUGCCGAACUGGAUGCGAUUCAUUCGAGGCGUUGUCGACUCUGAAGACAUCCCACUGAACUUGUCACGUGAGCUGCUUCAGAACACGCCCCUUAUUAGCAAGAUUAGAGACACUCUUACAGAUAGAGUCAUCAAGUUCCUCAACGACAGAGCAAAGAGACAACCAGAAGAGUACCAAAAAUUUUAUGCCGAGCAUAAGUAUUUUAUCAGCGAGGGCAUUGUGCUCGAGGGCGAAAACGCUCACCGGAGAGAUCAAGUAGCUCGUCUUCUUCGAUACGAAUCGUCGAACCUGGCAGCUGGCGAGCUUACUUCGCUCGAAGAGUACAUUGAAAGAAUGAAAGAAGAUCAAAGACAUAUUUACUAUUUGCCUGCCAAGACGCGGCAGCAAGCACUAGCUAGUCCUUACCUCGAAGCAAUCAAAAACAAAGGCUUCGAAGUUUUGUUCUUUUACGAUAUGUUUGACGAAAUCGUCAUGGAACAAAUGCAAAAGUUUAAAGAAAAGGUUCCCUUCUCCAUCGAAAACGAUAUUAUUGACGAUAAAGUCGAUGGAACAAACGUUGAGGACUCGUUGAAAGACGACGCUAUCAAUUCAGAGGAGCAAGAUAAACUCACAGAAUGGGCGAAAGAGUCUCUCGGAGACCUAGCCUCGAAAGUGCAAAUGACCGGAAAACUGGAGAACCAGCCAGGCAUGAUUACAGUAUGGAACUUGGGUGUGACCCGCAAUUUCUUGCGCACCCAGCGAAUGCAAAACCCAGACGACCCCGAACUCUUCAAGCCAGAGACUAUUGCCAAGAUCUCCGAGCCGACCCUGCAGCUAUCUAAAUCCCAUCCAGUCAUUAAAAAGCUGACAGAACUGCGGGAAAAGGACGAAGCGACUGCAAAGAAAGUAUUGAAGCACAUCUACACUUCUUCAAUGGUGAACGCGGGACUGAACGAAGACGCUGUUGGAUUGGCCAGAGACGCCAACGAGCUUAUUGAAGAAUUGCUGCACAAACUUUAA